AUCUCAGAAACGCUUAAAUUAAAAAAGAAAGUAGGAUGACCUCAAACACAAUAUCCACACACGACAAAGCAGUUUUAAAUAGAAUAUUCAAUCCGAACCUCCCAUAUGGCGAUGUUGUCGAUGAAAAUAACGAGGAAGUUACUCCAGCUUUAGAGGAAAUUGAAACUGAUGAAGCGAAGGAAGCAAAACAGUAUGAAGCAGAGGGGGUUGACGCUGCAGAAGCUGGUGAUCUUGAGCUGGCCCUGAACAAGUUUGCACUUGCAAUACAGGUGUGUCCAGACCGAGGGUCUGGAUACAACAAUAGAGCCCAGGCUCUCAGACUUAAGGGAGAUGUACAAGGUGCUCUCCAGGACUUGAACAAGGCUAUAGAGCUAUGUGAUGCGAAGGGAUCAGCUGCUUGCCAGGCCUUCACACAAAGAGGACUCGUAUUCAAACUUGAAGGGGAUGAUGAAAAGGCUUUAGAAGAUUUCAAGAGAGCUGCAGCAUUAGGAGGACAAUUUGCCAGGCAACAGGUGGUUGCCAUGAACCCAUACGCUGCCCUCUGUAACCAAAUGUUGUCAGAGGUGUUUCGUAAAGUCAAGAGUGGAGAGAUGUAAACAGAAACUAAGUUUCAAAAACAUUUAGUUAUUGGAGUCACAUUGGUUUUGCCUGAAUUUGAUUCUAUGACUGAAAAUUACCAAAAAAAAAAAAGGUUUGGGAUUUUUGUUGCAUAUAUAGUUGUAUGCAAUCAAAAUUAUUAUGCUUUACCAAGUGUUUAUCCUGGAUUUUAAAAAAAAUAUGUGAACGAAAAGAGUUUCUUUGUAGAAUUUAGAAAAAUAAUUUUAAUUUGUAACUCUUGAAAAAUAAGUUUUUAUUAAAUGUUUAUUAUAUAUGUGUAAAUAGAAAAACUAUUUUUAACAAUAUUGUUAAUUUUAGAAUGUCUUAAGGAUUUGUUCUUUGUCACUGCAUGCAGUCAUUAUGAAAUGACUGAAAGUUUGUUGAUGAAGGUUUGAUGAGGACAUUCCGUUUACAGAUAUUUUUGUACAAUAUAUAUCACCAA